CAUACGAAGUUGGAGUGCAGGAAGUGAAAGCACAGUGAGAUAACUGCUUUAACUAAAGUAAGGAAAUGCACAUGUGGCAAAGAUCGUGGAGGAUGAACAGGAAGCAUCUGCCAAAGGAGUGUUCUGUGUACAUACUGCACUGGUAGAUCGUACGCACACGCGCACACACACUGAAGUGGAAUCGAAACCUAAAUAAAACUGACCUGCAGUAGUAAAGUCUCCAUUUUUCAGCAGCAGACUUCAACAAACCUGCGCAGCUCAGAUUCGGACAAUGGCUUUCAACCAGCAACCUUUUUGUAACCCAAAAAUCCCCUUUACUGGAUUAAUCCAUGGGGGUCUGCAGGAGGGGAAGUUGAUCACCAUCAGUGGACGAGUCCUGCCUGGAUCUGGCAGGUUCCAUUUGAAUUUACAGUGUGGCUCCAGCCCCGGAGCGGACAUUGCUCUCCAUUUCAACCCCCGGUAUGACGGUGACUCUUGUGUGGUUAGCAACACUCUCCAAAAUGGCAGCUGGGGUGCUGAAGAGAGGAAGACCAACUCCAUGCUCCCUGCUGGCUCUGCCUUCAGCCUGCUCAUCACAGUCGGCCGUGAUUCCUACCAGCUGCAGAUCAACGGCAGGCACUUUAGUGACUACAAGCAUCGCAUUCCAUUUUAUCCAGUGGACACCAUCUCAGUAGGCGGGAAUGUGACUAUAUCCUCCAUCGCCUUCCAGAACUCUGUGUUUCCUGGACACGUGGCCUUUCCUGCUCAGGCUGCUUUCCCUUCAUUUCCGGCAUUUCCAGCUCAGCCUGCCUUCCCUGCCUUCCCUUCAUUUCCAGCUCAGCCUGGAUUCUUCUCGCAGCCAGCCUUUCCUCCUGCAAUGCCUACUGUUCCAUACAGGAGCGCCAUCAAAUUCAAACCUGGCAGGUCCAUCACCAUCCAGGGGACCCCUCACCCCGGAGCUUCAAGGUUCCAUGUGAAUCUCAACUAUAACUUCGGCAUAGCUCUGCAUUACAAUCCACGUUUCAGUGAGAACAUUGUGGUUCGAAACACCAAGCAGGGGGAGAACUGGGGCAGCGAGGAGCGUGAUGGAGGGAUGCCCUUCCAGCGGGGACAGCCUUUCACGUUGACCAUCUGCUGUGAGAAUCAGUGCUUCAGGAUCCUGGUCAACGGGGGCCAGGCACACACCUGCAGGCACCUAUUGCCUGCGUCCAAAAUUUCCUCUCUGGAGAUUGACGGGGACAUCAGUCUGACCUCUGUGACGGUGUAGAUCUCUGGCUGGCAUCUCACACCACAAAACCACAAGUUAUGCAUUUAUCACUGACUUCAUGCUAAUUGAUGAAGAUUUUAUUGCAUAUGGAAUUUAUUGCAUUAUGGCUUGUUUACCCUCUGCGUCUUUAUAAUAUAAAUAGUCAUACACUGAAUAUUUCCUCAACUGUUUACUCAAGUGUAAAAAGACUCAAAGCAGUUCACCAACAGUUUGAGUCAUACUUCCGUAGGCUGGAGUUUGUCCAUUGUUAUAGUCUGCGAUGUAGGUGAGUGGUGAUCGAGGCAGGAAGUUGAGAAAAAGUCUCUGCACCAAAAGCAGCAACAUUGCAACACACAAAAAAAUCCCCAAGUUAUUCCAUCGUUUACUGGAAUCAGGCUGAAUACAGCUAAGGAAGUGGGCCUGUGACGGAAAAUGUGAAGCAUAAAGAAAAAUAUUAACCCACUGUUGUGUCUUAACUGCUCAAUCAUGCAUGCUUUGUGAAACUAAAGAAAUUAAAGUUAAAUAUAAAAGCA